AUGGCUUCGAAGUCUUCGGAUGGCUGGCUCUGGGUGAGCCUAGCAAUUCUUGGCUAUUUUGGCUCUCUCGCCGUUCACAGGCAACUUGUAGUGAUACGCCAGGCUUCUGAAGUCACUCGCCACGACAAGCGUCCUAACAUCAGCCAGCAGACUGAGGAUGCACUGAAGCUUAAAGCCCUUGGUGAAUUAACCCAGAGCCCGGAUCAGGAUAUCAGAGCUGCAUCCGUGAAGAUCAUUACAGACAGGGUUCUACGGGAAGGACCUGCAUGGGACAUGAUUAUAGGUGACAUUGGUGCCACGGACAUCGAGCGACGUGACAAAGCGCUGGCUUGUCUUCGCUUCCUCAGCGAUACCUUCCCUGGUAAUAAACAGGCAGACAUCGUGAUGAUCUGUCGACACAGCACCUACAAAGCCAUCGUUGAUUGUCUUUGCAACUUGUUACCAGAAGCCCAAAGCGCAGAGAGGAAAUCUGCUUUUCGAACUCAGCCCGAGCGAAAUGCACUCUAUGUUCUCCAUCAAAUCCUCGGCUUCGACAAUGCGAAAGCGGUAGAAGCUGGUGUGAUCAGCAGGUGGCUGGCGCAGUAUCCCUUCGGCGGUGGAGACGCUUCAAAAUACAAGAAGAAGAAGACUAUAAUGGAAAUACUCGACAACAGGUCCUAUUAUGAGGAUGGCGAUUUUGGACGUACCAUGCGUGAAAUGUUGUUUUGCAUGUCAAGGACCCCUUUGCUACGAGAUGAGAUGGUAGAGCAUGGUCUUCUAGAUUUCCCAAAGGGUAACCAUAUUACUGAUUACUGGAACAUUCCAGAAGGCUCUGAAAGGACAUAUCCACACACAAACAGGACGCGCAGGGGCAAUCCCACUGGAACAAGUAACCGACCAAGAGAAGAAAGUUUUGAGGAGCAAGCUUUGCGGAGACGAAGGAGAGAAGCCAUGGUGCUUGGCGAGGUUGGACGACCCAUUGAAAGGGCUGAUAUUAUAGAGCGAGAUUCGGCGGCUCUAGAUGGAUUUAGAUCACAAGUCAUAACGACCAUAGACGAUGAAUCGGAAGAGGAGCCCGAGCAGCCAGUUGUUGCGGUUGCGGACGAAGAUGCAGAAGAGGAAUUGGAGCUGUUAGCGGAGGAGACCAUUCAGGCAGAGUCCACAAGGGACGGGGGCUGGUGGGGCUGGCUGAAAAGGCUACGCCCUGACGGUCUGGCGCCAGAGCCUAUGUGA